CCGCUCAGGAACUUGAUGUAUAGGCAGGAGCCAUUUUGUGCGCGGCGCGGCCCCGGCGAGGAGGUGCCCGGCGGGGAGGAGGUGCAAAAGGCUGUUGCUGAGAAGGGGACCUCAGAAAGCCGUGGCAGAGCUCGGGGGCAGGAGUGGAGGAUGACUCAGCCGGGAGCUAUUCUGCAGGGUUACAAUAACGAGCUAGUAAAAUACAUUGAAGACUUAUGUCUGCAAAAAGAAGAGCUGAACAAACAAAUCCAGAAAGCAGAAGAGGAAAAAAAUAAGCUCCAGCAUGAAAUUCAAGCCCUGAAUGAACAAUUGGAGCAUGUGUGUGAAAACCUGGACCAGAAGAUAGCUUUACGGAAUGAUCUUAGUAAAAUUCUUAAUGAAGCUGAAACUGCUUACAUGAAGAUUCUGGAUAGUUCUAGAACUUUGCUUAAUGUCCUGAAGAAGGAGGUGGGAGACUUAAAGCAUACGUCAGAACUCAAAAGUAACGUAACGUGAAACUGUCAAGUGUUUGGACUCCAAAGUACUAAAAUUCUGCUAGGUGAGACACGGCUAGCCACAGAACUCUACCUCAGCAGUAUAAAUAGAGAGGGAUUUUCCUCUAACCUUGCUAUACGUUUCCCAUGAUUUUUAAAUGCAUUAGAAAAAAUGUAGAUUAAAUAGAUUAAAUAAAGUUGCUGUUUUGUUAUUAACAAAAGCUAUAUAGUUAUUUAAAUCACUACAAAAUUAUUGCAUAUACAUAGUUGAGGCAGAUUGGAGGCUGUCAGUUUUUCGCAUGGCAAUGUUUCAAGACUACUCUGAAAUACAGGAAGAAAUGUUUCACUGUUGAGUUUCAGGUGUUUACAACUGAAUGCCUGAAUAUUACUUCAAAUCUGGACAGAACUCUUAUUCCUACCUGCCUUCCCCUACCCUUUUUUUUCUUUUCCCUACUUGCCCAGCUACAGAGAAAACCAUUGUAAAACUAAUGGGUACAAGUGAAUCAGGUAAUAACUUCUUUUCACUUUCUGAAUACUUAGGGACCAAAUAGGAGCCAGCUACUUAGCUUCCUCCUUUUAAGGAGUUCGGAGUUCUCUCUCUGUUGCACAGUAUUUACAGCCAGUAUUUACAAUCAUCUCCUACCUGGAGUUAAGAAGACACAAGGUAGGAAAACAUGCAUAGUGCAGGGUAUGUAGGGUUAAUCCGUAAGAAUACAUACAGUUCAUGCAUUUUCUGAAGCUAUACUCAAACUCCUUUUAUAGAAAGGAGUCACACUGGUGAAGGGUUUAGGUACAAGUUUACAAGUGUAGGUACACGUUACCUGCUUGCACGGCACAGCACUACAAGCAGCUAUAUAUAGACCAUGUAUACUAAGGCCAACUAAUACUGUAAAGAGAUUGUAAAGAAGAGUGAACAACCUGGAAUUUAGAGACAAAAAU